UUUUUUAUGAAUUCAACCAUGUAUAAUAAAGUUGCGUUCCGAGAAAUCAUUUUCGAGAAUUAAUUACAAACGCCUCCGUAUAUACGCUAUUUGUGCCCGUCCAUGUGACCGAUUUCUUUACGCAACACAUUUUGUCCGCAUCUUCUCUUAAUAACAGAUGACUACAUCAUAACUGGUAAAACAUAUUUUGUAACGAACAAAAGAGAACUUUAAUAUGUCAAAAGUCAAGUUGAAUGCGUCGUGUAACAGAUUACUAUGCGGCGAGACAGACUCAUUUUAGAGGCUUCCUUCAUUAAUAACAAUAGACGGAUAGAUGUAUACAUUACAUGUUGCACUUAUUUAUUACUUAUUGUUUUAGGUAGAAAUGAUAGUAAUAUCUUAAGACAUCAUAGAUCGCAGCUAUUUCUAUAACUUUAAUUUAAAAUCUACGGAAAAGAUGAAAUAGGUGGAAAAAUUGAAUUGUAAUAGAACAAUACAAGAACGUUGUAAGUGAUAUGAAAUAGAUAAUGUAGACAUAUAUAUCAUUUGAGCAGUAGUAUAAAAUGCCGUCACUUUGCCAGCGUCACUCUAGUACAUUACACUGUCUUAUCAUGUACUAUUAUCGCAGUAUGUUUUGUACGACCUUUUACUAUUAAUGGGCAAGAGCAGCAUUAUGGCAGAGAAUAUUUAGUAAUAUGUUUAUUAGAAAAUAGAACAAAGAUCAGAUCUGUUCAUAAUGCUGGAGAGCAUAGCAGAGAUAUUGGACAGUUAAGAAAUCGUGUAGAAUUUAUACGUAAUAGAGAUAGUAGAGAUGAAAGUCAUCGAUGAGUCAGAAUAAAUAAUACGUAAAUGAAAAUUAAGAUUUUUUUCAAGAAAGGUAACUAAACUUUAAAUACUUAUAUAAUUUAAAUAAUAAAAUAAAAAAGUAAUAUGUAUCAAAAUAUAAUAAUUGUUUUACAAUUUUAACUUACAAUUGUAGUUUGCAACUAAAUGUAAAAGGAGUACGGAAAAGAUGAAAUAGGUGGAAAAAUUGAAUUGUAAUAGAACAAUACAAGAACGUUGUAAGUGAUAUGAAAUAGAUAAUGUAGACAUAUAUAUCAUUUGAGCAGUAGUAUAAAAUGCCGUCACUUUGCCAGCGUCACUCUAGUACGUUACACUGUCUUAUCGUGUACUAUUAUCAGUGUGAAUUAUUAAUAGCUACGAGUAGUAGGUAUGUAUUGAUAUUUUGAAAAUGUCUACUAAUCUUUAUAUGUUUUUUUCACAAUUUUACAAUUUUAUUAUUUUUUGUCAAAUAUAAUAUAACUUUAUAUUAGUCAUGUUUUUCUUACAGUAUAGCAAAGAUAUUUCUUGGUACUUCGGAUCUUUUGUAGAAAAUAUGUAGAAAAUACGCAGACGUUUAUGUAUUACGUUAUUCAACUUCUUUAUUGAAACAGACCUCCCUUGAAAAACAAAUAUUUUAAAAAAGCAAAAUGCAAUUCAAUCCGAGAAACGUCAUAAUACUGCUGUUUACUGCUGCUACUUUUAAUUUGCCACAAACUCCUGUUACAAAUGAGGAAAUGGAAGUAAAAGAGAAAAUAGAAAACAUGCUGCAAAAAAUGUACGAGGAUAAAUACGAAAUUGAAGAAGAAGAUUCUCUUGAUUUUGAAAAUUCAUUUGAUAUACCUGAAACAGAACCAGUAGCAGAGAAAGAAGAAAAUGAAAACGAAAUAACAUAUGUAAAGGAAAUGAUAUGUGUAAAUGAUGAUAUUCCAAUUGAAUAUAAAAGAAAUGCUGUUGAGUUUUGGAAACCUGUUAAUUCAAUUAAGACAAAACCUCUCGAGUCUGUGAAACAUAGAUUUCGGAAAGUUACAUCCUUACGUCAAUUACGAAGAUGGCAAGAACAAGUGAAUAGAGGUGGAACUAGAUUGCAGAAGCUGAAAGAAAUUGCAUCAUAUACAUUAGAGAAAUUCAAAGAAGGUCUUGAGAAAGGAGUAAUUAUUCACGACACUGAUAUUACUCGAUGGGCCCUGAAAGCGCAACAGGAAAUAAAUGCACCAGGAUUUACAGCAUCAAUUGGAUAGGUAAAAAGAUUUAAGCUAGCACAUAAUAUUGUUUCCCGAAAAAUUACAAAAUUUGUUACAAAAAAGACUUUGCAAUCAAAAGAAAAUCUGAUAACCGAAAGCAAUAGGUUUAUUGACAAUGUUAAAGAUUAUAUUACGCGCUAUGGACUUGAAAAUGUUUAUAAUUCAGAUCAAAGCGGAUUUCAAUUAGAAUUUCACUCUGGUCGUUCUUUAGCAAUCCAAGGUACAAAAAA